AUGUUUGGUUCAUGCUAUUCAGGAAGCCCGGUAGUCGUUGCUCAACAGGUUGAUCAAUUCAAAUACGUAAUCAACUACCCCAGCGUGCCUAUCAACGUCUCAUACAUUACUUUGUUCCUUCUUCCGAAUAUUCCAUUUGACCCAAACUAUAAGGCACUGGUCUACUUUCAGGUCAAUGAAGGUGAAUUCAAUCUUUUCGGAAGCUUGAAUGCUGAAAAGCAAAGUGCUAUCUACAAGAUUAACAAUAAUAACUACAAUCCUGCAAACAACAUGGGCGCCAUCAAUGAAGACGUCAUGCUAGAUGAUGUGGCUGCGCCCAGUUGUGAAGUACAGAAUAUUAACAUAGGAAUAUCCCUUGAGCCUAACGCUCAAGCGGAUCUGCUAUUACAGAACAGGAAACAGCUACCAGCGCCGUCCACAAGUUCAGAUGCGUUGGAGCCUGUUAAAGUCAUGGAGUUAUCAAACAAGAUAAUAACCAACGCCUACAACUACCUCAGUGGGUUUAUAGAUGCCCAACAGAAGGUUCCGAUUUCCCGGUUCAAUGACUGGUGGAAUAAAUUCAAAUCUAAAUUGGAGAAUAACCCCAAGUUUUUGGACAAUGAAAAUUAA